AUGACAUUUACGAAUAUUUACCUCUCUACAUUCGCAACCCGAGAUAUCAGCCACUGCUCCGAAACCGACCAUAUUUCUGUGGGUUGCACAGAGACCCUAGUUUUCCUUGCUGAGGAAGAGACGGACGCGUCGACUAUUCCUAGCCGCUGUCCUAGCCUACAGCUGCCCGACGUGUCCUGCAAAAUUCAGUAUGAGUAUCCGAAGCUUGCACCCCUCGACAUGUGCCUAGUGGCUCUCCUUGAGCCUACCAGCCACAAUGAUGCUAUAUCAACUUCUUCUGACUACUCCGACAUUGUUUCCCAGCCCAUAGUGAAGUCCCACCUGCCGGAGUUGCAUUCCGACUGA